CAUGUUGCCAUGGAUACGGAGGGUGUGAUUUUCUUUGUAGGUGUGGUCAGUUUCUAUGGUAACUGGAGUCAGAAUCUUUACGACUCACUGAACGUGAGACAAUAUGGUGGCUCGUUUGGAGGAACUGAACAGGGACCUUUCUGAGUCUACAAGUCAGCCAUUUCCUGAAGACUUUGUCAAGAAGACAUUACUAGCCCAUGGCUUCCUAGCUCAUCAGCAAAUGAUGGACGAGCAAAGGAGGAAAGCUAAAGAGAUCAAGAUGGUGGCCAGCGAGACUUCAAGAGAUGAUAAAUGUUGCUGCGACAUAACAGAAGAAGAGAAGAAAAGAACCACUCAACUGAUCUACCAUUUCAAAGAAGGGAGAGAGUUCCAUUCUUUGAAAGAGCCAAUUAGUUUGAUAAGAUACCAGCGACCAAUCAAAUCGCAGACACUAUGGCCGGCCGAGGUUAAUUGCAUUAUGAAUCGGAUCAACUUUUUGUAUGACGUACCAAAUCAUCCUGAACCACUCUAUGUUCCUGAUUGUUCUGUAGUACCUCCUAAGAUGCGUAGUCCUUUAGGUGAAGGAAAUAUUGUCUACAGCAACUUACCAGGGCCUGAGAAAUAUUUUACAAAGGCAAGGCCUGGUCCAAAUAUCUCCACUCCACACCACAGGCAGAGAGAAAACGGCAAUAAUUCAUUAGUUUUCGAAUCGAAAUUUGAAAGUGGAAAUCUUGCAAAAGCAGUGCAAGUUGGUCGCUGGGAUUACGAGUUAUACUUGAGGUUUGAUUUAUACACUCGUAAGCACACCCAGUGGUUCUACUUCAGUGUACAGAACAUGAGAGCUGGUCAAACCUAUAGAUUCACAAUUGUCAAUUUAUAUAAACCCAGUAGUCUUUACAAUGAAGGCAUGCAGCCGUUAUGCUACUCUGAGAAAAAAGCUGAACUGUACAAAGUUGGCUGGAGACGUGUCGGCUUUAACAUUAAAUACUUCAAAACUGAUAUCAGACGCAUAGAUACCAAUUCAGAGCAGUAUUACUACGGACUCACGUGGUCUUAUAAUUUUCAAUUGGACGGAGACGUUUGCUACUUCACUCACUGCUACCCAUACACAUACACUGACCUACAAGAGUAUUUAAGUUCAUUAUCAUCGGACCCUCUUAAGUCCCAGAUAUGCAAGCAGAGGACAUUAUGUCAUACUGUAGCAGGUAAUCCAGUACCAAUACUGACCAUCACUACACCUUCAACCACACCUGAAGAAGCACAGGGUAAGAAGGCAGUCGUUGUAACAGCUAGAGUGCACCCAGGAGAGACUAACAGUUCAUGGAUGAUGAAAGGACUCAUUGACUUUCUUACUUCUCAAUCACCUGACGCCAUUAUACUAAGAGAUGCAUUUGUGUUUAAGAUCAUUCCAAUGUUGAAUCCUGAUGGUGUCAUUAUUGGUAACUAUCGCUGCUCACUAACAGGACGAGAUCUGAACAGAAAUUAUCGUACAAAGCUACGAGAUGCUUAUCCAACCGUCUGGCAUGCGAAACAAUUUAUUAAGAAAUUAUCAGAAGAAAGAAAGAUAGUUGUGUACUGUGAUCUACAUGGACACAGCAGAAAGCAGAAUGUGUUUAUAUACGGCUGUGAUAAUGUUCGAGAUCCUGCUGUACGAUUACAGUCAAGAGUUUUUCCUAUAAUGCUUUCUCGGAAUGCUCCAACCAAAUUUACAUACGACAGCUGCAACUUUAGAGUGCAAAGAACUAAAGAAGGAACGGGGCGUGUGUUCAUGUGGAAAGAGAUGGGAAUAUUGAACAGCUAUACUUUAGAGGCGACAUUCUGUGGAUCAACGCUCGGAAAAGAUGGACACUAUCACUUUACUGUGAAGGAUUUGGAAUCAAUGGGAUAUCAUUUCUGUGAUACUCUCCUUGAUUACUGUGAUCCUGAUCAGACUAAAGUUGAUAAAAUACUCUCAGAGCUUACUGAUGACUACAGGAACCAGUUGUUAGCAAAAUUGACAGCUCUGGGGGUCGAAAUUCCCCCUGGGGUGGAUCCACUCGAUGUGAAGUUUGAUUCGGAUUUUUAUUCCGAGUUGGAGUCAAGUGAUGCAGGUAGUGACAGUUCUGAAUCUGAUGGACCACCAGUUCAAUUAAUUAAAAAGAAAAAGCAAAAGAAGUUGCAGAGCAGACGUGAAAGGAAUAGGCAAAAGGCUCGAAUUAAAUUAACCCACAAACUGAGCCAACACUCACCAAAUCAAAAUCAGCCGUUAUCUAAUCGUAUUAAAAAAUCAACUAGUAUAGAUCAUGCCCUACCCACUGGGGAUUCUCCUGUUAUUAAGGUUCCAGCCCCGCCCAUUCCUCCUCCCACUUCUAAUGAGUCUGGGAUUGCUACUCAACCCUCUGCAUCUAGUUCAUCAUUAAAUGGAGGAAUACCCAAAUUUGUACUAGAAAGAAUGGAGAAGAAGGAACAACGAUCUACUGCUACUCCUAUUGAAGAACCAAUGCCUCAGUAUAUUGCUUCGGUUGCUUCGGAUUUCAUGAAACAUGGCCUACCAUUAACCUCAGCACUAGAAAUAAAUAAAGAGUUGAUAGCAUCCACUGCUUCAUUUGUAUCACAGAGUUCCAAUGGAUGUCCGAUUGCCAUUACUCCAAAAGUACUUCAACAACCUUCUCAGCCAAAGAUGUCUUCUCCAAAGCCACACUUACCUCAGUUACCAGCUGUAAUGCCGUCAGGAGCAACUACCAGCAGUGGAGCAUUUGCUAGAAACUACGUAGUGCAUCAUCUACAGGAAGAAGCACAGAUUGAUACCAAUUGGACACAUGAAUCAAGCACUAGUGGUAACAUGAGAAACCUUGUUAGUUUAUCGAAAUUAUUCCGCCAGCUGAAGCCACACCUAAUUGGAACCUCCCACAGGGAACUAACCACAUCUAGUCAACUAAGCAUAACUACUGGAGACACACCCAAAGGAAAUGAGACACGCCCACUACCAAGAACAGCCUCAGAGCAUAAGAAAGUCAAUUCCCUUCCACUAGUUGAUAGUGUUGGUUCUAGAAUCAACGAUAAAUCCACUGUACCUAAUCCCAAAACUAAUCCACAGUCAGGAGGUGAUGAAGAAGAUAAUUCUAAUGAUCCAUGGAACUACAAGAAAGGAGGCGGAGCUGGAGAAACUGAAGAUUUCACACACAAUGAUCUGAGUUCUGAUUCAAUGCUUCAGCUAAUGCAGCCUCCAGUUACUGCCUUGGAGCUUUUCGAUAGUUUAGAUAAUCCUACGAGUCAUAAUGACAUCACUAUGACAUCACACGACCCAUACAGACUCACUGAUAACCCACAGAGUGGGUAUGUGUAUCCAUCCCCUGAUAUUGAGAAGAGAGGUGAUCGAUCUGUUCACUCCAUAACUCAAAGAAAGAACAGCAAUGGGCCCAGUAGUGUAUAUAAUGGAGCUGUACUCUCACAGUUUGUUCCUGCAUCUACUGAUUAUAAUUCAAGACCUUCUUCUGUUAGGAAGCGUAGUAACCUUCACAGUGCUGGUGGCCAUAAAGCAGCAGAUAAAUCUACUGAUACUGCUGGUAGCUCAACUAGCAGGAAAUCAGGGCACAAGUCACGCGUUGCUAAAGCUGUUCUUGACUUUCACCAUCAAAGGAAAUCUCUUUCAAAAAUGACUGGAGACUCAACCAGCAGGCCACAGACAAGUGGUAACAUACCUUUUGCACGUGAGCUGAACAGUUUUAAUAAAUCACAAGCAAAAGACAAAAGGAUACAAUCAGGGAACCAUGAGACUAGAAGAGGAGAAGGAGAGAGAAAAGGAAAAGGACUCAAUAAUAGACCAUCGUCCACUGCUGGAGGCAUUCCAACAAGAGACAAAGGUUACUCAAUUAGAUAUACUUCAAGAUUGAACUCUCAUGAAGAGAGUAGUAAUACUGAGAUACCACUUGUUGAUCACAGGGCUAGUGAUGGUAGUAAAGUUUUUCCAACUACAGUAUCAAUAAUGCUUAAUUCUUCUAGCGAAUCCAGGCCUACUUCUAGGCAGCAUCAACCAAAACCACUUCAAUUGAGAUAUUACUCAAAUUAUAAAAGAGGAUUGUUUUAAUUUAUUAUGCAUCAACAAUCAAUGGCAUUUUAUUUCAUCUCAUUAUGUGUAUAAUUUAUUUUUAACAAUAAAAUAAUAAUAAUUAAUAACAAAAA